AUGCUGCGCCUAUUCAUGUUGUCUGUCGUUCACGGCGUGUUCCCCGCGUACGUCGUAUAUGCUGCGGCUGAGUAUGUGACUGAUCUUGCGGCUUAUAGCCUGCUUGCACCGUGCGCUUCCUCCGCUCUGUCCUACAACAUUGGCAUACAGCCUUACACGGCAAGCUGUGGUCUCGGCCAAGAAGAGCUCCAGUCUUGUAUCUGCUCUAACAAUGCCCGACUUGAUGAAGUUACUUCAUCUAUAUCGAGUGACAUAAGUGCUGGGUGUGGCGGCAUAGCUGCAAGCGAGGAGCAAUCGAGCGCUUCGCGAGUGUUUAAGCAAUACUGCACCCCAGGUCAGGAAGUCAAGUUCUCGACCCCAACAAGGAAUAAAGUCAAUGCCUACAUUACAAAUUUGUCCGAGAUGGCCUCCUUAGCACCUUGUGCUUCAUCUGGUUUGUCUUCGGCAGUGAUGCAAGAGUCCUUGUCCCUGUGCCCAGUGGAAGCAAGCCUUCUUGCGCCUUGUGUGUGUAGCAAGAGCCGUAUUCUCGAGGAAGUGAGCGAGACGAUUAGCGCGACGGUGCGAUCUAUGUGCUCUAAUGACGAGGACGUCACGUCUGCAUACCGCUUUUUUGAAGAUUAUUGCGCCAUGAACGACGGAACUACUUCUUUUGCGCGACCUGAGAGCCCUCCAGGCGACAUGACGUACCACAUCACGGACCUGCCAGAUUACACGUCUUUGAACAGUUGCGCUCGAUCGGGCGUCUCCUACGCUAUCCUUGAACAAACCAAUUUUCUUUGCGCGGCUGGCCCACAGGCUCUGGCAUCAUGUGUCUGCCUCAAAUCUGGCAUGAGGGCCAGGGUCUCUCUUACCCUGACAUCUGAGGUCAUGAUGGAAUGUGAUAACACAGCCACAGAUGAUGUGAACUCUGCUCUCGGUGUUCUUGAUUUCUAUUGCAGUGCUGCCGCGAGUGACGUCGUUGCCCAGGUAUCGGUUUCGAGCUCAACGGCACAAUCAGCUACAAAGUCGCGUACAGGCCAAACAGCGUCAAUGCCUUCGGAAACUGGGGAUGGGCAAGGCUCAGAUGAUGACAGCAAGUCUAGCGGCAACGGUUUCAACAGGACAGGUGCGAUUGUUGGUGGUGUCAUUGGCGGCAUCGUGGCUCUGCUUGCUAUCAUUGGAAUCGGGCUUUUUACGGCACUCCUGAGUUGUAUGGGGACAAUAGGGAAUCUACCGCGCUCCCUCAUGGGCAUAUGA